CUUCCAGUGACGCACUUCCGAGCAGUAAUCUGCCAUUUUGUUGUUGGUUCUUCAAGGGUGUCCUCGGUCGGAACAGCAGGGCAAUAUCAAACAUGUUCAGGUUCGCUAAAGCCGCUGUGAAUCUUACGGGCCAGAGUGCACGACAGGUUGCAAGGCGACAGACUCACUCGGACGUGAGCUCUGAAUUCCACAACAAGUAUGGGUACCCACUGAUCGGCGCUGGCGCGGUCUUCUGCGUUGCUGUCUGGACCUACGUGCUGACACAAACUGGCAUCACGUGGAACCUGUCACCCGUGGGCAAGGUGCAGCCUAAGCCAUGGAGGGUGGAUUCAGAAGAGGAGUAAAGACCACUUCCGGACGAUGAUGGCCCCCCACAACGGCUGUUGACUCUCCUUAUUCCUUGUUUUACUAUAAAUGAUGUACAUCUGAACUGUUCAAAGUGGUGUGAUGUGUGUAAUAAAUUAAUUCCAGUACGAAGA